AAAGAAAACUGUCAAAUAAAAUUCCUAGGUUAUGUUGUUAUGAAUUUGUGUCCGUUAAAAAAUUAAAAGUCGAAAUCAUGUCGAAAGCACACAAUUUAGAGGAAAAAGAACGAACGAAAGAUGUAAUAAUCGAGGAAAAGUUAAAUUUUAAAGCAUUACUUUUAUCCGAAGCGACAUUAUCUGGAUUAGAAAAGCACGGUUAUCACACACCAUCUCCGAUACAACUAAAAGCAAUUCCCAUAGGAAAAUGUGGAUUUGAUCUAAUUGUAAAAUCGAAAUCUGGUACUGGAAAAACCUUGGUGUUUGGUUUAAUAGCAUUAGAAGCUUUAACAUUAAACAAAAAAUGUGCUCAAGUAUUAAUAUUGGCACCAACAAGAGAAAUUGCGGUUCAAAUUCAACUUGUUAUUCAAAGUUUAGGUUCAGAAUAUAAAGGAUUGGUUGUUGAGUGUUUUAUUGGAGGUCUUCCUAUUGAGGAGGAUAAAAAGAGAGCUCAAAAAUGUCAUAUUGCUGUUGGGGCACCUGGAAGAGUUCGACACCUCAUCCAAAUUGGUGUUUUAAAUGUUAAUCAGGUGAAAUUAUUUGUUUUGGAUGAAGUUGAUAAGCUCACUGUUCAAAAUGGGAGGGCUGAUAUUGAAGAAAUUGCUUCAAAAUUACCAACUUGUAAACAAACCAUUGCUGUAAGUGCAACUUUAUCAAAAGAAACUGAAGAUUAUUUAGAACAAUGCAUGUCUUCUCCUACAUUGGUGGAACCCUCCACAGAAUCACCUUUAUUACUUGGAAUAAAACAAUUUGUUGAUGUUGUUAAAACAAAUUUAAACAUAGUUCAUCAAUUAGAUAUAAAAAGCAAAGAAUUAAUUCGGUUAUUAUCCCAAAUUUCUUUCACUCAAUGUUUGGUUUUUACAAAUUAUCAAACAAGAGCUGCAAGCGUUUGUAAUCAUUUAAAUCGCCAUGGUUGGAAUAGUUUGUAUAUUUCUGCAGAUCAAAAGCAGAGUCAAAGAUUAUUUGCAAUGGAGGCUUUAAAAAGGGGACAAUGCAGGAUUUUAUUAUCCACUGAUUUAACAGCAAGAGGAAUUGAUGCCUCCAAUGUUGAUUUAACCAUUAAUUACGACGUCCCUUAUGAAGCAAAUACUUAUUUACACCGAAUGGGGAGAGCAGGGCGAUACGGCGCUAAAGGAAUUUGUGUUACAAUAGCCACAGAAGAAGAAUUAACCAGUUUAAAGAAGUUACUUGGGACUAUAGCUGGUGGGAAUUUUUUAAUUGCUAGGUUACCAAAUCACGGGGAUUUACCGUCUGAUUUGAUUAAUUUUGAUGGUAGGGGGUUGGAAUUUGAGCAGAGUUUGGUAGCUGUUAAUAAUGCAGAAGAAAAUCGAAAAUUGGCAUCAUCAGUUAUUGAUUUAAAAACGUCGAAUGUUACAAAAAAAUGUAAAAGUAAUAAAAAACAAGAAUUAAAUACAGAUCAAGUUGAAGAAGCCACUCCUGAGUUAGAAUCACUUUUAACCUUAUUAACCACCCCUUCUAAUAUCUCUAAUAACGAAAAUGAUCCAAGAAAAAAACGGAAAAGAACCGAAAAUAAUCAAAUUAAUUCACCACCAGAACCUGAUGAGGUUUGUAAUAAAAAUGUGAGCCUUUUUAAAACUGCAGGAAUGUUAAGUGAAGUUAACAUUACUGAUGAAGAAAACAAUAUAGCCAUAAAUAAAUUUGAAGAAGCUUUAAACUUGAACGAGUCUUUUGACGCUUAUAAUGAAUCUCAAAUGUUAAAUGCUUCGAAUAAAAUUGAAGAAUUAAGUAUUGAAAAUAUUUUUAAACUUAGUUAUGAUUAUGCCACAAAACCUAAUGCGCCUAAUUGGGCGGAAGUUCUUGGGGUUGAUUUGAAUGUUGAACCAGUUUUGGAUGAAGAACCCCCUAAGGAGGUGAUUACAUUUGUGAAAUCACCAAAAAAACGAUAUAAAUCCUCCAAACAACGAAAAACAAAAAAUUUAUCUUUAAAUAAUUAUUAUGAUGAUGAUACUUAUUCAAAUACCGAAUCAAGUUCGAAUCAGAAUAACACUAUUUCAUCUUAUCAUGAAAAAAGUGUGAAUAAUACCCCAAAUAUAAGUGAAACUGUUUUUAAAACGCAAGCGGGGAAUUGCGAUCAUGAAUAUUAUGAGAAUCAACAUUUUAUUGAUUGCUUUCAAAGGUACAGUGAUGAGUUGAAUGAGAAGAUGCAAACUUUUGCGGAUGUUGAGAGUUUUGAGAGUUGGUACCACAACUGGCAGUGGCAGAUAGAAAGUGUUAGGGAAUAUAUCCAGCAAAAUAUUUAUGUGCAGGAAAUGAAUAAGUAUAUGGCGGGAAAUAUGUAAUUUUACUUUGUUAGGAUAAGAAAAUAAAACAACAUGUAAUGCUUUAA